CAAACAACACAACACUCCGUGAUGGAGCACGCCCAGAGCUCAACAAAUUGGACUCGGACACCUUCCGUCCGGACACAGACGGAGAGAAGGUUCACAGAUGAGGUGGCAUUCGUCAUGGAUGUGCUUCUGCCAGAGGCGACAGUCCACGCCCUUGCAGCUGUACUCUCGGUUUACCUUGAAAGAGCCAAGGAAACGUAUAUAUCUGGACCCGAGUAUGACUGGAGUGAGAUGGAACUUUGUUCUCAUUACCUCACCAAGAACAUGAGUGAGGAAGCGCACCAAAGGCUGAAGGACUCCAGUGAAAGAUUCCGAAGAGCUUUGGAUUCCGAGGAGUUUUUAAAUAGGCUUUAACCUCCUGCAGGUCAAUCCUGGCUGCUUACAUUUUUAUUUAAAAUCAUGUUGAUUUUACUGUUGGGAUCAAUUUAAAAGGUUAUUUUUUUUUUUUAAGCAGACCAGCUUGAAUAGUGCCCCUCUGAUUUUCCACAUGAUGUUCUGUUCAAUAAAUGUUCAUUGAGGAAAACGGUAUCAGUGUCUUAUUGUAUAUUCAUCACAGUGAAUGCAGUGA